AUGCGUCCUGGCCGCAUAAAGCUCAGCAGUAAGACUCGACGGUACAUGUUCAGCGGAGAGGGAAGGAGGCAUGACAAUGGCGGAGGAGUGUGCUACGAUCGGAAGAUAGACGGCCCUGACGCCUCUGUACUGCCUCGACUCACUCUUCACCGGGCCUACACACCAGCUUCGUUUUGCUCCAUUGAGACCCCCACGGCCUCGCACGGCAAGGACGUCAAGGUGGAUAAGGAGGACUUUAGAUCGAGUCCAGUCUGUCAGGGUUGUGUGGCCCACUAUCCUGUUCAGACAGUCAUCCGUCGGCAUCGUCACUACUCCCUAAAGCCGGGCUGCGUUAAUUUUGAUCCUCUCAAUGCCUUUGCGAUGCGUCUUUCAGCCGGACGUCCGGAGUGCAGGAGCCAACGUCAGCUGGACUAUGCUGGAGACUAUCAGAUGGAGACCUUGCCGGCCGGUACGAAGGUUGAGCCAAGGUAUCUAAGCCUCACAGGAGGACGAGAGGGAACUUUAGACAACUCGAGCUCACACUCGCGUGAAAGCUGGGCCGGCACAGGUCACGAACCUUCCAGGUCGAGUGUUGAAAUAGAAGCCGGGGCUGGAGUUUCUGGUGGCUUGGAUGCCGUCUCAUUGCGCGGUCGAUCGGAGUGCAGCGAUUAUGGAACUUGCGACCGGUUGACUUAUGCCGACAUCUUUCCCACAACUCAACACCGAAAUGGUGGAUCUGCGAACCUUAGUGAACCCUCGGGUGAGCUGGUUUAUUUUGGCUGGUAUCCAUAA